UUCAUUGCUAGAGCGCCACUGAAUGUCAGACUUGUGUCAAAUUUGACAACGUCGCACUCCUCCUGGUGAGGCAACAAAUAGGACUUUCAGGCUUGUAGCACAAUAUGUUACUGAAAAAGCUAACAAAUAAACAUGGAGGACAGUCUUCAUUGAAGACGUGAUUCUUGACGUGACUGAAAACACGAAGGUGCUGGUGGUUGAUCUCGUUGCCACAGUGUGUCUUUGGGAGCAAUCACGUCUUCAGUGAAAGUAAAAGUAACCUUAAAUGUUAAUUUAUCCCUUUCAUCAUGCAUUUAGAACUGGUGUAUGCUUGUAAAACUAUAAAAAUGUGUUUUGUGUUAACAUUUUUAGAGUCACCCACUGAUGACAUCAUAGACAGGCCAUGUAACCUAGCUGUAACAUAGCCGAUUGCCAUUUUGUUUAGCUAGCUAAUAGGAUGCUAACAAGGAAGAACAUUUUGUUAUUAAAAAAAAAAAUACAUGAAGAACACGGUUGGACUAACGCAGUGUGUUAACAACACGACAAGACGCCCGCCAUAUUGUAAACCAGAAAACACACUAAUAGUUAGUAGUUUCCACUGUAUUACAAUGAAAAAUAAGCAUUUCAGGGGGAAGUAAGUUGUAAUCUUACAAAAUAAAGCCGUAAUUUUAAUGAGUGAAUGUCAAAAUUCCCACCUGAAGCUCAACGUAACAGUUUGAGAGCAGAACUGCCAUACAGUAACCCCCUUUUUUUUGUAAAUGAUAUUUGCAAAAUAUCACCCACGAGUGGAAGGCAUGCUAGACAUAAUAACAAGACAUAAUAACAGCACCACCAUGUGGUGUAUCUGUCAAAUUAAAGCACAGGAAACACAGUUGGGUUGGGUGCACGUUUUGACAAAUUUUCACCCUUUUGUGUGCAGCGGUUCAGGAGGAGAAGAGCUCGACUGACUAUUAUAGAUUUAUUAAAAACAUUUCUGGUUACAUGACUAAACAAAACCAACAAUACGUUUUUUCCUCAUAUUAUUACUAGUUUGGUCACUAAAUCAUGGCUUUAUUCUUGUAAUAUUUCCUCUGUAUUCCUGUGGUAUCAUUAUAUUUUUCUUUUCAGUGUCGCCCCAUAGUACUCCUUCAUGAAGAGGAGAGUUCUUCUCUUAUAGAGGGCUUGUACAAUCACACAAAGUAGCAGCUCCUAUUACCAUCACAGCUUUAUCUGAAAUCCCUAAGGACACAUGUCUCCUCUUCUUUUAAAGUAUUUUUUUUCUAUUCCGCAGUACAGUACUUUGUUUUGCAUGCAAUUUAACAUGCAAAUCCAUUUGGAGUGAAGAAUGCAAAUGUUUGAUGUUCCCCUUGUUCAUACCGGACGUUGCUGUACACAUAAUAAGAAUAGUUUUAAAGUUCAAGUGUAAUAUAUUUGGGCUAUAAACAGGACAUUCAAAAGAGCAGAAGGAGAAAUCUCUUCAGUCAACGUUUACAGAGAUAAAACAGUUUACUUGUGUGCUUGUGUGUCUGUGUACACAUUCCAGUGAGGUCUCUCCCCUGUCAUAUGUGCAUGCAUACUGGCAUCUUGCUCGCUCAGAGUUCACGGACUCUGGUUUCAGUCGACUUGUCGAUAAGUCAGGUUGACUUUUGGAGCGCUCGGCGAGCCAGACAGGCGGGGAUAUCAAGUUGUUGAUGUUUCAGAUUGACACUCGCCACAAGAGCUCUUAACAUGUUCCCCAGACAGCACAGCCAUUUAGAGCCCAAUCAAUGUCUCGAUGGCAGUCAGAGAGAGUGGAGUGGGUAUCAUGUUGAAAGGGCAGCUGUUGCUAGACCACAUAGGGUGGACGUACAACCUUAGAUAAAAUUGUGCUAGAAAGUAUUGUCAUGAAUCCAAACUGUUACUUCCUCCUGCAUAUAUGUGCAAAAAUCACAGCAUGACAGCGUGACCAUCUGCUUGAGCACCCUUUGGCUCAAUAUUGGACAAUCAUACAAGUAUUACAAAGACCUGCAAAAAGGCCUUAUUGGCCAAGUUACUGUUGACAUAUUUGAAGGAGACAGGAAACAUGCAGAAAUAAUGCUUUUUGGAAAUAAGGUUAAAUGAGAUUUAAUAAUUGAUAUAAUAAUAUAGGAUGACCAAAGUCACCACAAAAAAAAAAUAUUUUUUUAAUGAUAUCCUCCUGAGACCGUGCAAAGUCGAAUAAAACUCCCUGCAAUUAUAAAACCUGCUUUGUUGUUCAGGGGACACCCUGGGGUUCCCAUUGAUAUGUGAUUUGUUGGUGUUUGUCCAAUGAAAUAGAAGACCUAUAUGUCUUCCCAAAAUGGCUGCCUUUACGAAGCAGCAUGUUUUAUGAUCACAAAAUAAGUAAAUGAUUCAGUUAUUGUAUUUUUUUUAUGCGGAAAUUGAGUGUUUUGAUCAAAGUUUGAGGUGGUUUUGGAAACAUGCAGUCACUGAAAAACAACACAUAAGUAUUUCCAAUGUCCUCUGUGGUGGACUCGAGGACUUAAAACUACGACGUUUUCAAAUAAAAUGAUGAAGAUGGUGAAUGUGUAACGGAUGCCAGUUGGUGCAGCUGUGCGAAUGUGCGUUGGUAAACCUCAUUCCGUAACGCCUGAAGAGUCACACUGGACGUCCAGUUGACAGCUCGGGCUUUUAGCUGAGUGCCUAGCGCUCUCGAGUCACUCGGUAGACUGUGGUGGACAGGGGCGGACCAGACAGGUUACAGAUGCAACAAAAUGAAAUCAAAGUUAAACAAAGUUAAUGUUCAAGGAACAAUGAUCAGUUAUUGCGUUUCUAAAGCUUGAAAUUGAGUUUUUUGUUGUUUAAUCAAUAAUUUGAAGUGAUUUUGGUAACAAGAUACUGAAAACAACAUUUUUUUCCAGUGUCCUCUGUGGUGGACAUGAGAACUUAUUUACUACUACUACAUUUCAUAUAAAAUGAAGAUGGUUGUUCCAACAAACUCUCCUCUCUGAGAGGAAAACAAAAAAAAACUUUUUUAAUACCAGCCACAUUAUGAAUGAUUCUGUAAACAGCACUUUUUCAUAUAGGUUACACACACACACACACACACACACACACACAAAGAUGAUGGCUGGAAUAAUUAUUACAUUGGCACUAGAUGCAGUACCUUUGUCCACUGCAACGGGUAUUACAUAAACAAUAAAAAUAAACACAUUUUAUGGCAAAACAGUGAUAUAUUGCUUUCACAGAAGGCAAUUAUUUAACGCAAAUAUAAGGCAACUUUGAUUUUUCUAUCUCUCUGGAAAAUAAAGUCAAACAAUUUUGAAUAUUGUGUUUUCUUCCUGCAUAUUUGUGAGAAAGUCACAGCAAAUAACAUUACAUAUUCCUGCAGAAAGGCUUUAUUGUUGGACUAUUACAGCCAAGUCAUUGUUGAGACAUUUGCACCAUGGAGACAAGAAACAUACAAAUGACAAAAUAAAAAGGGAACUGAUGCUUUUUGGAAAUAAUGGAAGUUGCAGUAAAAGUUUAACAAAUUGACCUUUUUUGUUGUUUUUAUAAAUCAUCAUUAUGAUUUAGUACAGUAUAUCGAUGUUUAUUUUCACGAAAACAACAUAGACUGUUGUUAUGAUAAAGACUUUUCCCUCCAGGAAAUAUUGCAUACAACUUGAAUUAUAAAUACUGUAGUUUGCUUUCCGCGUUGGAGCCAUUUCAUUUUAUAGAGCGUAAUUAAUGUUGUCGUGAGCUCUCUUACACAGGCGAGUUGAGUGAGCUGUGCCAACUGGGCAGAAGGAAGAAGCGAACACAAAGGGGGGAAGCAGCUAAGUUUAUUUCCUCAUAACUCAAAAUAAGAGUAACACACCCUGAGUUUACACGUUAGUGUGUUUUUAUACGUAAGUGUGUUUAUAUAUUUAAAAGGAUUUAUUGAGGUUUAAGAGGAAAGGUGUAGCCUGUGUUAGCCACAUGAAUUUUGAACGCCCCCCUAUUUCCCGAGAAUGGUUUGCUCCGGUGCCGCAGGUCUUGUUCAGGCAGCCUUGUCGUUAUCUUCCGGAAGGUUGCGGACUACGCAGAGCACCUGACAGUCAUUGUUACAGAUGGGCUGUAAAAUGAAGCAAACCUCUCGCCUUUGGUCACCAACGCUUUCUGUGAAGAAGAGGAAUUGUUCCGGUGUGCCUUCUUCCGCCUUGUGUCUGUGUUAAAAGGGCGGUGGACUGUUCGCCAUCCUGAUGAAGGCGGAACAGAUCGUCGUAGUCCGUUGAAUGAAUGGCUCAGAUGAUCCUUGCUAGUGAAGGAAAAAUGGACGAAGUCUCUUUUAAAUCUAAAGCAUUCAAGUGGAUCGGUGAUAUUUUUUAACACUACGUCACUAUGUCCGUUGCUAGGGGCGCAACACCUGCUGGAAAGGAUGCAUCUAGCCUAUUGUAACGACUGACAAAACGUGCACGUUACUGUCCCGGCCAAGGUUUAAUGAAAAUAUGUGCUAAAGUAUACUAAAAACUGCCAACAUAAUGUACAUUUGUGUGUACAGCUGCUCGUAAGUGACAGACCUUUCUUCCACCUUUAAUGCUGGACCUCAAAAUGAAAGAGACAUGUCGCAUCUGCGGGCGAGAUCUCUACGGCAACCAGCGGAGAUGGAUCUUUCACCCCACCGCCAAGCUCAAUCUGCAGGUGCUGCUAUCGCACGCCCUCGGCCAGGAGCUGACCCGAGACGGGCGAGGGGAGUUUGCUUGCUCCAAGUGCGCCUUUAUGCUGGACCGCAUGUACCGCUUCGACACAGUGAUCGCCCGCGUGGAGGCCCUCUCCAUUGAACGCCUGCAGCGGCUCCUGCAAGAGAAACACCGGCUCAGACAGUGCAUUGGCGGCCUGUACAAGAAAACCAAUGAUGAGAACGCGCUCACGUCCACAGAGGAUGGAGAAGCACCAAGGGAUGGGAUGGUGGACAUUUCUGGGCUUACUCACGCCAAAUAUUGCGCCCUGCUCCAGGAAGACCUUGUGUACUCUUUGUAUGAGUCAUGGGCUGAUGACAGCAUGGAUUGCCACCAUCACCACCAGUCCUCUGCUGGCCAAGGGUCAGAGGUCGCAGGAUCUCACCGUUGCACGCCUAGGAGGUGCCGCGGUUGUUCCCAUUUGCGCGUGGCAGACUCUGACUACGAAGCUGUUUGUAAGGUACCAAGGAAGCUCGCACGGAGCACAUCCUGUGGUCCCUCAACUAGAUAUUCAGCCAGCGUCAUUGGAGGUAGUGGCGGGGGUCCAGAAGUAGAAGAGAAAGCCAACGUAGAGGAGCAAGAUGAACCACCUUCCUCUCUGACGCUGGUUCCUGGAUCUCAGGAUGUGUCAGGGACAUCAGAUAGCGACCGCACUCUAGCUGGACGAGUCAGCUCCAGCCCCUCCAUAGCAUCCCUGGAGACAACCGAGGACUACACUCAACCUGGAGGCACAACAGAUGGACUAGUACAAGACCAGAUAUCUGACUCCCCCUCUGAGCAAACUCCACAAGGCCAAUCCUUCCCUGCACCAAACCUCUCCUUGGCCCUCUGUUUGCUCCAGAGCUAUGCCGUCCACCGGCCGGUCCCAAGCACCAAGGGCAGUAAACUCCCAGUGCUGCUUAGACGCAACGCCCAUUAUGGACGGAUGGACUUCCCAGAUCCAAUUCUGGGACUGAACUUUGGAACUCCUGUUCCUGAAAGAUUCAACCAUGUGCCAACACCUGAGCAGGAGGCCCCCCUGAUCCAACUGGACGUCAUGGCAGACCAGGAUCUUAACCUGGCUGAUAUAAAUGACUAUUUGGAGGAUGUUUACAAAGAGUAUCCUACUCCGAAGCCGCAUCAGAACCUUGUUGAGGAGCAGCAGAGCCAGCUGAACCAGUAUGAGUGUGCAGCCGGGCAGUGUGUCAGUGAACUGCAGAAGGCCCAGCUGCAGGUCCAGUCCCUGCAGGCCAAGAUCCACGAGAGCGAGGCCAACAAUCUGAAGCUGCAGGAGAAACUGAGCGAGAUGGAGUGUGAGCUGCGUUCCCUCCGCCAGGCUGCUCAGAGUCAGGAAAGAACCAUCCAAGACCUUACGGAAUCCAUCAGCACCAAAGACACAGAGGCCCAGGAGCUCUACCAGCUGAUCGAGGGACAAAACUCUACAUUAUAUAAGCUGCGAGAGAUAGCCCACCGCAGCCAGCUUGCACAAAGCAAGGCUACAGAGGGGGUCAGUGAGUCAGUGACACUUGCCCAGCUCCAGGGAGAGCUUGUGGGAGUGCAAAGCUCUCUCUUCUCCCUGGGGCUUGAGCUGGAAGCUAGCCAAAGGAGCUUCCGACAGAGCCAGCGGCAAGGUGACGAUCUGGUGCGCUCCAAAGACAGACUCACCGUUGACCUCCAAGAGGCACUGCAGCACAGGGGAGAGACCGAAAAACACAAUCAGGACCUACGCAGCACUCUUCAGAAAAUUCGCUCAGAGUUGCAGGCUAAAGAAGCAGCUCUGAGGGAAGCUGAAGCAGAGAGACUCACUGUGGUGCAGGAAAAGGAGAGAAGCGUCACACAGCUCAAAAACACUCUGCAAGACAAGGAGCAACAGUUACAGGAGUACUCUGAAAUGUUGGAGACUCCUGGAAGCUCCAAACCAAGAGAUGCUCUUUUGGAGAAACUAAGAGAGCGCAUUAAAGAAAGAGACAGAGCUUUGGAGCACUCCAUUGAUGACAAGUUCCGUUGUCUGGACGAGCGUGAAGGUCAAGUGCGGACACUACAGCUCGCUCUCAAGGAGAAGGAACGAGACCUGGACAGGCUCCGAUGCAUCCUAUCCAACAACGAGGAGACAAUCACAAGCCUGGAUGGUUUGGUGCGAGGGAAAGAGCUGGAGCUGGAGCAAGCCGCCGAGGCCUACAGGAACCUCCAGUGGCUGAAGCAGCAGAGCGAGGAGAAAGAGCGAAGCAUUUUGAGGGAGAAGGACACCAUCAUCAGCCAGCUACAUGUGGCUCUGCAGGCUCGUAGCAAGGAGACACAGGAUUUGACGUCAGCUCUGGUUGCCAGAGUUCAGGCCGGCCCCACCGAGGUGGUGGAGGAGCUGAAGGCUCGGCUGCAGCUGAAGGAGAAGCUCUUCCAGGAGCUGCUGUCAGAUCGCAGCCGCCAGUCGAAUGAACACCAAACACAGGUGGCGGACCUGCUCAACAACCUCAGCUCCAAAGACCAGUACUUGCAGGACAACUCGUACAGGCUGUCCUUAGUGAUCGGUGAACGCACAAACCAGCUGCAGGAGUUGCGCAGGCAGCUGUCACUAAGGGAGCAGGAGCUGCGUGAGCUGAGACAGGACAAAGACAUGGAGACGGGAGGAGAGGUGCAGCGUCUGCAAGGUCUUCUUCGAGAGAAGGAAGCCUUCAUCAAGGAGAUGAUGCGGGACCAAGAAGAGGUGAUGCUCCAGUCGUCUACGGAGAGCGAGGCAGAGACGAAGGUUCUCCAUGAAGAUCUGAAAUUAAUACUAAAAAAGGAAGGGGAAGCCCAGAAAGAGCUCUCUGCCCUGCAUAUGUCUUUGGCCGCCCAGCAGGCAAAAGCAGUUUCCCCUACAGAAAGCACUGACCACCAACGUGUGCUGGAGCAGCUUGUGUCCGAGUACCACAAGCUGAAUGGUGCACUGAGGACUGAGAAGAGAUUAUACCAGAGCCUCAUUCACACAAACGGUGACAGCAGCAGUUCAGAGAAGACACUGGCCCUCCACACUCAACUCGACUCGGUUCAAGCGCUGCGUGGACAGCUAGAAGAGGUCCUGGCCCGCACUCAGAACAUGGCCCUUGAGCUGGAAAGGGCAGCCAAAAGGCAGCCGGACUUAGGAGAUCUCAGCACUGAAGAAGAGGAGGUAGAGGAGGGGGAUGAUGAAGACGGCAGCAGCGAGGAGUUCACAGACAGCAUAGAGGAGGAUGAUAAAGUGACAUCCGGCAGUUUUGCUUCAAACCAGGCAUCUGAAAGAGUCUGUAGACAUGAAGGAGGGUUGAGGACGCAGACGGACGUUCAACAGAUGCUUGAACUCGAGCUAAAAGAAAUAAAGUCACAGCUCAAGAGGGAGGGAUACACCUCAGUGGAGCACAUGAGGAGCGCACUGCAGAGGCUUCAGAAGGAGAACCAGUUCCUGAAAGAACGCCAGGGAGUGACGACAGACAAUCACAGCUUUGGCCAUCAGGAGGAAGAUGAGGACACUGAGGAGGAAGUGGACAUGGACGAUGAUGACAAUGGGUUUGAGCCUGCAGGGGGUGUCAGCGAGGCAGAGCAGGCUCUUCAAGAGCAGUCCUUCCGACUUUGCUCUGAGAAUAGAGAGCUACAAGAAAGGCUGAUGGUGUCUGAGGCCACUGUCCAAGCUCAGGCUGAGCAGCUGAAGGACUACAGGGACCUGCUCACAGAGACGUCCGUGCAGCAGGCGAGUAAGCAGGUGCAGGUGGAUCUGCAGGAUCUGGGCUAUGAGACUUGUGGUCGCAGUGAAAACGAAGCAGAGAGGGAGGAUGCCAGCAGCCCAGAGUUUGACGACCUGGAGAUGUGCACAUCGCUGUCUCAUCAGCAGGAUUACGAGAACGUGGGCGGAGGCUGGUACAGGGAUAACGGAGGCAGAAGUAAUGGAGGUGCCUGUAAUGAAAUAGGGCUUGAGUCACCUUUGCAGCACCUGGUCCAAGAUCUGCGCUCCCAGCUAACUCGCUGCCACAAAGUAAUACGCGGGCUUCAGAUGCGUGUGCGCUCCCUGUCGGCCACAAGCGACUAUGCCUCCAGCCUGGAGCGGACCCCCCGCAAGGUAAACUGGGCGUUUGAGAUGUCCCCCACUCAAGGUGGCGUGGAAGAGGAUGAAGGCUGGAUGUCUGACACCCAAGCGACUUUAUCCGGGUCCAAACCCAGUCGUGAGCUGCAGGAGCUAAUGGCACGUGUCGCAUCAUUGGAGGCACAACUCAAGAGCUCCAGGCUGGACGAGAAGGGUGAAGCAGAUGAAGGGAAAUGUGCCACGUGGCCUGGGAAGUACAACUCCCUCAUUCAGGCACAAGCUCGCGAGCUCUCUCACCUGAGGCAGAGGAUGAGAGAAGGCCAAGGAGUGUCCCACAUCCUCACCCAACAUCUGGGUGACACCACCAAGGCAUUUGAGGAGCUGCUGCGGGCCAAUGACGUGGACUACUACAUGGGUCAGAGUUUUAGAGAUCAGCUGGCACAAAGCUCUGCGCUGGCUCAACGACUGCUCGCCAAGUUCAGCGGACGAGCAGAGAGCCACGAUGACAAGACGGAACUGCUCGCCAUGCAGCUGAGCAAGGAGCUUCAUCAGAAAGACAAAAUCAUUGAGUCGCUGCACAACAAGCUGCAGCACCGUCCCGAGACGCCAUCCAGCUGCCAAGCCCUCUCUGAGACCACCGACCAAUCCGACAGGACCUCUCUGGUGUCCGAUGAGUGUCAGACCAAUGAAGAUGUGGAUCUAUGCUCCGACUUGGACGCCAGAGAGUAUAAGGAGGAACAACAACGGCUACAUACAUCAAAACCAGAUGCUCAUCCACCUGUCCCUCCUUCCCUUCCUCCUCGUGGCCCCCUCAAGUCAUCCCAAAGCUGUCCCAACAAGCUUUGCUCAGCAUCCUUCAGAGUCCCUCUCAGCAGUGUACCUGUCUCCUUGCCCUUAUUUCCCCCUCGUGACCCUGACUUCUGGGGCAUGGAGGUCCCUUGUGACCCCCAGUCCAAGAUGGCUGUUCACCCUGAGUUGGACACACUGUACAAAGAGAUGAAUGAGCAGAUCAGGGGCUUCCCGGGUCUUCAUGACAAGCCUCAUUUCCCUCUCUCACCUGGUGCCCACAACCAGUGUGACCUCUCCAGCUACGGCCAGCUAUCCCAUCAUGCCUUUCAACAGUACCAGCUGGGGGGCCUUCCUGAAGGUCACCUGCUCAAGUCGGACCCAGGUCUCGUGACAGGAGGAGGGACUUUUUGGGAUAUAGACAACAUGACUCAGCCUAUUGGGAGCUACUCUGGAGUGGCGGGGCUUCACCUAGGAAAUAACCAGACUGGGGAGAAUUUGAUCGAAGAGCACCUAAGGGAGGUCAGGUGUCUCCGCCAGCGUCUGGAAGAGUCCAUUAGGACCAACGAGAGGCUCCGUCAGCAGCUGGAGGACAAACUGGCUAACACUGGGCGUGAUGGAGGUGCUCCAACAAACAUCUAUAUUCAAGGUCUGGACACAGUCACACAGUUGUCUAAUGAAAUCAGAGUCCUAAAAGAAGAAAACUUGAAUCUACAAUCCCGUCUGCAAGCCAGCACAGACUCGUGCGAGGAGGUGAUUGCAGCACGCGCCCGCCUCAAGCAAGCAGAGCUGGAGGCUGAGCAGUGGAAGGAGGAGUUGAGACGACUUCAGUCACACAGCGAGGAGCAGGGACAACAGAUCCACUCCCUGAAGCAGGAGAGGCAGGCCAACCAGGAGAGUAUCAACAGAGUGCAGCAUGAGGUGACUUUACUGCAGCAGCAGCUGUGUGAGAGCAGGGAACUCAUACACUCCUUGCAGAGCGAACUGCAUGUUUACGACCGUGUGUGCUCCGGCAUAAAAUCCUCCAAAGGGUUCCUGUGUGAGAUCCCAGGCCUGCCUGUGGAGCUGGGGGAGCUCCUGGGAGAGGUGAGGAGUCUGCGGGCCCAACUGCAGACCAGCGUCCAGGAGAGCAGCGCCCUCAAGCAGCUGGAGCUCCACAAGCAGCUGGAGCAAAAGCUGGGCGGCGGCUCCCCUCGCACGCCGUCCCUCUCGGCCUUCAGUGCCAGCCCUCAGAGAGAUAACUUCUACAGGAGACAGCUGCUGCUGCACGACCCAGCCCCGUCUCCACCUGUCAGGGACAUUGGUCUCUUUAACUGUGGAUCACCCGGUCCCCCCUACUCAGACCUGGAUGACAGCCAUAGCACUGCCAACGACCCUCUUGACUCUCACUCUGAGCUGGAAGGGGAAGCCCCCGAUGGAUCGUUUGCCAAUCGCUAUGGUCGCCAUGCCAUUGGUCACGUGGAUGACUUCACCGCUCUGCAGCAGCAAGUCCUAGAAGGCCGCAGUGUCGUGCAGCGCAUGGAGGCGACGCUGCAAGCAUGGAUGAACCCACCCUCACCACUAGGGGGCAGCCACAAACAAAACAGUGAGCUGUUCUUGGAUUACGGCAGUGCAAAGAGUGUCCUGUCCAACACCAAGACUCUGAGGCAGAUUUUGGAAGAGUCAGCAUCUCUGCUGAAGAUGUUCUGGAGAGCGGCACUGCCCAGCACUGAUGCCUCCAUCCCAAACCUGAAGAAGGAGCAGUCUAUGCAAGAGGAGAUCUUGUCCCUGAAGCUGCGCAUGUCUGAGCAGGAGGAGGUUUUGAAGGGGACGAUACAAAGGCUGAGGAGCACCAGCCGCACCAAGGAGAGCAUGGAACAUUUUAUAGUGAACCAAUUGUCAAGGACUCGUGAUGUGUUGAAGAAAGCAAGGACAAACUUGGAGAAGAACGAGCUGAGACUUUCCUCCCUAAGCUCCUCCUGUCCCCCCUCUCCCUCUGCUGCUGAGGAACCAGGAGGUGGUGCCAGAGAGCAGCCUGCUGAUGGCUUUCGGCUGAAGGCAAACCAGCGUCCUGCGGCGAGGAAGCGCAGCAGCCAAUGCUUGCUUUAGAACCAGCCUCAACGCUACCACUUGUGACCUCCAUGUGUUUAAAUAGCCACCCUCCUGAUCUUCAGCCAGGCCUUAGCAAACAAACCCGCCCCACCCCAACAAACUACAGUUUUUAUGAGUGUAUCUGUCCGGCAGUGUGUGUUACAGAAGGUGUGUGAAACGUGUCUGUGGUGGUUACAGUGCCAAGCUGAUGGAGCUGCUGGAAGAUGCUCCGAAAUGGUGCAUGUUCUUGCGAGAUGGUUGGAAAAAGGGUGUUCCGUGCAUGUUAAAAUGAGGUUUGCAAGAGGAACUCUGCACACGUCAUACAUCUAUGUGCAGUGUGUGUGAGUGAUCGAGGGCAGUUCACUCAACGACAACUGACUGACUCCACAAUGUAGACAUAAUGGAGGAACGUAAGCCUCUGACUUUCAUAUUUGUGGUGGAAGCUCAUCAGCAAUCAACCACGCAUAAAAACCAGCAAAAGCCUCCAUUUUUACUCACCAGCCUCUUUUGUUGGCGCUUCGCGGGCCUAUCAAGCUUACACUAAAGCGACAAGAGCUUCACAUGUGCUGAACUAAGUACUUAAACAGAAGGGAAUGGUCAUACGAGCAUGUGCAAUAAAGCUGAUAAUUCAAUAAUCACACAUUUCUCACACUGGAGUGAUGCAUGAGAGUGAUUUUUGAAAAAAAUGUUAAAAAUCAAACUUCUAGGACAGGAGAUUGCCAUAACUUGCCAAAGUUUGAACCAUACACCACUGAUUCUCAAACUGUGGCACAAGUACUACUGGUGGUACUCAGGAACACAUGAUUUUUUUUUAGUUUGAGUGAUUUAUUAACCAAUUAAAUUCAAAUUGAACUCGCCUAAUUACCUGCGAGUACAAGCCACAUAUUUGAAGCUAAACUAGUACUAUUCAUGAAGUGGUGCUUGGUGUAAAAAGUUUGAGAACCACUGUUGUACACUUUAACCUGCCUUAACCAUGCGAAUGCCCCAUCAGCAUACAGAGGGCUGCUUUGGAUUGUUUCCAAUUGUGCGAUAAAUUCCAGUUUUGGACCAAAACAGACAAAAAAAAUUUCAUUCUUUGUUAUGCCAUUUUGUCUUGGUAUUUUUUAUUGUUUUAUUUUUUUACAUUCUCAUGGCUCGGUCAUGUUAUAGAACAAUGAUGCAAACUUUGGCAGGCUACUGGUGGGAUCAUUGUUCUGUACAUUUUGGGGUUUGUUUUAAUGCUUGUACAUGUGCCAUUCAUGCUGUAAAUAACUUGCUUUUUCAUUAUUUUUGCGUGUGAGUGUGUGCACAAACAUACAUUUGCUUUUUUUGCAAAGUUGGAACAUUUUGGGGUAGCUGUGCAAUAAUUUUAGAUUGAUGUUACACAUCACGCAUGUUGCUGCCAUGUGUUAUUUAUACGCAGUGUCAGCUUACAGGAAGCCAAUUUGUGUUUCUUUACUAUGCCUUUCUUGAUGCUGUACUCGCCCACUUAAUGACAAGAAUUUUGCUUCGCUUGCCUUUAAAGUUAGCUUUAGAGCUUCUUCAGUGAGCGUGUCCACCUUAAAGAUACCAAAAUAAUGAGUGAAGCGAUGAAAACAAAAUGACAAAGCGCAAACAAAGCCUUAUUAGUGUUUAAGAAGCGUAUCAAGAGAUGUAUAUAGUGCUGGUGAACUGGUGCAGCUUUUUACAUGGGCGAGAAAGACAAAGCUUUGUUUUGCUUAAUGAACUAGAAAGCCGAUGCAGGACUCAUUACAUGGAUCCUGUCUCUGAUGACAGUUAACAGUGUGUUGUGUUGCCAAACGUUUUAGCCAUAUAUUUUUGGGGGAAAGAACCAAUAAAAUGUUUUAAAAA